AUGGCACCACCCACUGCUUCUCGGAAUGGCUGUGAGCUAAAUAAUGUCGACAUUCCCAUUGGGGACGAAGACGUACCAGUCAACAAAGCUACCAGCUUCAAUGGCUCCUUGGCUCAUUUCAAGUACCCAAGCGGUCUUGUUACGCUAGUGCCACCAAAACCAUUAACUUGUUCAUCAAAGCAAAACCCCUCUGCAAUAGACACAACAACACCCACCAAAACAAUCCAAAGCCGCAGUGCCACCGCUAGUCCCAGGAGCAUGAAGACCCAGCGAGACAUGUCCAUGCCAUUCAAGUCAACCAUCAACACCUCCACACGAACCACCCGCUCUCGUUCUCGUUCCUCUUCAACCAUCGCACCUUCACCCUCGCCCUCGCCGGCAAUUCCAUCCCCAAACCGCCGCAAACGCAGACCAAUAUGUCCAUCCGACACCCCACCCGCCUCAUCCUCUCUCCUCCGCGACACAAUCCCACCGAAUCUAAUUCUACUCCUCGUGGGCGUGAAUCCAGGUCUCAUGACUGGAACAACCGGCUUCGCCUACUCGCACCCUUCAAAUCGCUUCUGGCACCUCCUGCACUCGUCGGGAAUAACCAGCAUUCGCCAUCCUCCCUCGGACUGCUAUAAGCUUCCUGAGCUAUAUAGCGUAGGAAACACGAACAUUGUCGUGCGGCCCACUCGAGACGCAAGCAUGCUCACCAAAGCAGAAAUGAACGAGGGCGUGCCCAUUCUCGAAGCGAAGAUUGCGGCUCAGCGGCCCGAGGCCGUGUGUCUUGUUGGCAAGAGUAUAUGGGAGGCUGUUUGGAGGGUGCGUCAUGGGCGGGCAAUUCGGAAGGAGGAAUUUACGUAUGGGUGGCAGCGAGAGAGUGAGAAUAUGGGGCGUUUACCUGGAGUCUGGGGAGGCGCUCCGGUUUUUGUAGCCACGACUACGAGUGGGCUUGCGGCGUCUAUGAGCAUUGCCGAGAAGGAAGCUGUUUGGGCGGAGCUCGGUGAAUGGGUUGUCAAGAGGAGGAAGGUCAGGGCCAAGGAGAUUGAAGUCAUUGCUACCUGA